AUGAACGCCAUGCCUAUCAGUUCCCCUCCACUCCUUCAAUUCUCUCCAGGCGUGGUGGAAACGCAUCUAAUCGCGUCUCAAACAUGUCCCCCACAUUCACCUAGUCUAAUACGCGCAACCUUCACGGCUUUGAAGCUCACUUCAACUGCCUGUUGUUUAUUGGAGGAGGUGCGGAUGUUGUGCUCUUUCCGCCAUGCUGUGCGGCAACCAACACGGGCAUUGCGUCAGUUCUCCUGGACGUGCCGGAGGCUUCAAGCGGAGGUUCUGAAUGCCGAAGUCGACAGCGCUGGUCUUACACCUACGGAAAGGAUACGGAACAUUGCCAUAAUAGCCCAUGUCGACCAUGGCAAGACGACACUUGUUGACCAACUCCUUCGUCAAUCUGGCACUAUCAAACAACUUUCUGCCACGGAGCAGCUACUGUAUACCCCUACUUCAAGUAGCGGUUCCGCAGCAUCUGGGUCUUCAAUGACGGCAGAUGCUCAGAUUGAGGACGGCUUCGUCACUCGCGUCAUGGAUUCCAACGACCUGGAAAGGGAGCGAGGCAUUACUAUUCUCUCGAAAUGCACCAGCGUUAAUUACAAUGGGAACCUCAUCAACAUUGUUGACACGCCGGGACACGCGGACUUCGGCGGAGAGGUUGAACGCAUUAUGAGCAUGGUGGAUGGCGUUGCUCUCGUUGUGGACGCGACGGAAGGACCAAUGACGCAAACACGCUUUGUGCUCUCAAAAGCACUGGCUCGAGGUCUUCGCCCUCUCGUUGUAUUGAACAAAGCAGACAGGCCUACGUCACGACCUGCACAGGUUGAAAGUGAUCUUUUUGAUCUCUUUGCAACUCUAGGUGCGACAGACGAGCAAGCCGACUAUCCUCUCCUCUAUGCUUCCGCCAAACAAGGAUGGGCGCAGCCCACAUUACCACCACCAUCUCUCGAACAACCGUCUUCACCCAGUAUGACACCCCUCUUCAACCUCAUCAUGUCCCACGUUCCCGCACCCAGACAGCUUACCCGCUCAGCACCCUUCACGAUGCUUACAGUCCAGAUUGAAGCAGACCCCUACGUUGGUAUCCUAUAUCUUGGCCGAAUUCACUCUGGCGUCCUCCGGAUUGGCGAUACCCUCCACGCCCUGAAUGCUGCAGGACAAAAGGUCGGUGAAGGCAAGGUCAAGAAGAUUUAUGGUCGGCGCGGACUCGAACGGAUAGAGAGGGAUUCUGCUGGUGCAGGUGAAAUCGUGUCAAUUGCAGCUGGUGUGAAAAUCAACGUCGCAGGCCAAGGUGGGGUUAACCUGACGCUCGUUCACCCCGAUGGCUGGGGGAGCCAGGGCCCACAGGCCCUUCCUACAACACCGAAUCGACCCUCCAACCAUCAGUAUCGUAAUCCACGCGAACGACUCACCGCUUGCUGGCAAGGAGGGGACGAAGCUCACCUCGCAGCUCAUCCGUGA